AUGGCAAUUUCCACUGUCUCUUUGGGUUACCUCCUGUACGCGGGUGUUGCUUUUGUCGUCGCCAGCAUAUUAUACGAGUUCUUUCUUUCACCCCUCAAGCAUAUCCCAGGACCAGGACUUUCCAAGUACACGGAUUUUUACAGGGCAUAUCUCACUACGAAGGGGCAUGUCGAUGGUCACAUUAGAACCUGGCACCGAACAUGGGGCGCUGCUGUGCGUGUAGGACCUAAUACUGUGAGUAUUAGUGAUCCAGAUAUGAUCAAGGUCAUUUACACCACCAGAAACCCCUGGCGAAAGACUAACAUGUACCGUCCCAAUGACGUUCUUGUCAACGGUCAACGCAUUCAAAACAUUUUCAAUACUCAAGAUGAGGAUUUCCAUCUGAAGUACACAAAGCCCAUUAGAGGUUUCUGGACCCUUCCCAAGAUGCUAGAGGCGGAACCUCUGAUGGACGAAACUCUCUGUGAACUCAUUACUCAUCUGGACAACCGCUUCGCCAGCACAGGAUCUGUCUGCAAGAUGGAUGACUGGCUCUCUUACUACGCCUGGGAUGCAGCUGCUAGUAUCAGUUUCGGCCGUACCUACGGUUUCAUGGAAAAAGGUGGUGACGUAGAGGACAUCAUUGCCGAAAGCGCUGCUGGACUCAAGUACUUUGCCCCCGUUAGCCAAAUCCCGUGGCUUGAUGAGUGGCUGGACAAGAACCCCAUUCAUCGGGUUGGUCCUCGUCCUCUUGUCAACGGAGUCAUCUACACUAUCAAGAUCCUCACAGAGUACCAGCAGCAACUAGCUUCCGGCGCUGCGAAGCGCAAACCUGUGGACUUGUUCAUAGAUAAGUACAACAGUCUCAAGGAAACAGUCGACUUUGUGGAUGAUCAGCAGGUUAUCAACUGGCUCAUGCUCAAUGUUCUUGCAGGCGGUGAUUCAACAGCUGGAGCCAUGCGCGCUCCUGCUUACCAUCUUCUCAAGAAUCCUUCUGUGUGUGAAAAGAUGGUCGCCGAGCUUCGAGCUGCAAACCUGACUUUGCCUGUUCCUCAAUGGAAGGAAAUCAGUCAACUGCCCUACUUUGAGGCCGUCAUGCGCGAGUCGAUGAGAAUUUCGCCCGCUGUUGGUUUGAUACUCGAGCGCGAAGUUCCUAAAGAAGGCCUUGAGCUCCCAGAUGGUCGAUUCAUUCCUGCUGGUACAAACAUCGGUAUCAACCCUUGCGUUGUCACACGCGAUGUGGGCGUUUUUGGCGAAGACGUUGAUGUGUUCCGCCCUGAGAGAUGGCUUCGUGGUAAAGGAGAAACAGAGGAGGGACAUGCCGCUCGGGUAAGACGCAUGCAUGAGUGUACCGAGUUGAUGUUUGGCCAUGGAUCGAGGGUUUGUAUGGGUAAGUACAUGUCAAAGCUAGAGAUGUACAAGAUGUUUGCUACGCUCUAUGUUAACUUUGAUGUACGAAUCACUGAUCCCAGUCAUACUUGGAAGUAUGAGAACAACUGGUUCAUGUAUCACAGAGAUAUCCCUUGCAAAGUUAGUCGUCGCGAAAAGGCAUAA